AACCAUGAGUUUAAUAACAAACCGGUGCCGAAUCGGCGCCUUAAAUCACUCCUUACAUCGGGUGCUGCGGACACACCGACACUCUGUCCAACACCUCAGAGCUUACAAUUACAACCGUAAUUACAAAGACGUUGAGUUCAUUGGCCGACAUAUCGGGCCUCGAGAUGAGGAAAAGAAAGUCAUGUUAGAGACACUGGGAUUCAAGAACAUGGAAGAGCUCAUAUCGGCCACAAUCCCGAAGAAUAUCCGUUUGACAGAAGACGUUAAAACAUUGGGAAAACCCAUGUGUGAGACCGACAUAUUAGAGCGGUUGCAGACAAUCGCCGAUUUAAACUCAAUUAAAUGGAAAACAUUCAUAGGAAUGGGUUAUUAUAAUUGUGUGACACCGACGCCCAUAUUGAGAAAUAUUUUCGAGAAUCCAGGUUGGACGACUCCGUAUACCCCCUAUCAGGCAGAGAUAGCGCAGGGAAGGCUGGAAUCGUUGCUCAAUUAUCAGACAAUGAUCUGCGAUUUGACCGCUUUGGACAUAACCAACGCUAGUCUUCUGGAUGAGGGAACGGCUGCCGCGGAGGCCAUGCAGAUGUGUUUCAGGCAUCACAAGGAGAAGCGAAACAAAUUCCUCAUCUCCAACAACGCUCAUCCGCAGACUAUGGCCAUCGUUAAGACUCGGGCCGACGCUCUCGGCAUCAAAAUGGAGGCCUUCGACGGCACCAAAGAUGUGUUCGACGGAGUGACCAAAUUGGGUGAUCUCUUUGAUUUGUCCCAAUUCUGCGGCGUUUUGGUCAACUUUCCCGACACCAACGGCAAUGUCGACAACUUGUCGUCAAUUGUGGAACAGUCUAAAGCCAAAGAUUGUAUCGUUAUAGUGGCCACGGAUCUGCUGGCACUGACCAUGAUCAAACCGCCGGGCGAGUACGGGCCCGGCUGUGACAUAGCCAUCGGUACGGCUCAACGGUUUGGCAUACCGUUGAACUACGGCGGACCGCACGCAGCCUUUCUGGCCUGUCGUGAGUAUUUAACCCGAAUAUUGCCGGGAAGAGUGGUUGGACUGACGAAAGACGCUCAGGGAAAUCGGGCCCUCAGACUCGCCCUACAGACCCGCGAACAGCACAUCCGUAGGGAUAAGGCCACGUCCAACAUAUGCACGGCUCAGGCCUUGUUGGCCAACAUGAGCGCAAUGUAUGCCAUAUAUCACGGACCGCAGGGUCUGAAGAAUAUUGCGAAAGCGAUACACGAGAAGACACUAUAUUUGGCCCAAAAGAUAUCGGAAAACGACGACAAUCGAGUGGUUACUUAUAUGCCGUUCGAUACGCUCAAAGUGGAGGUCAAACUACAGAAGUUUAUCCGAUCCAAAGCCGAGUCCAGACGAAUCAAUUUGCGUUACUAUCCCGACGGCAAACACGUGGGCAUCUCAUUGGAUGAGACAGUUUCGGAUCAGGAUCUCAAAGACUUGGUCUGGGUUUUUGGCGCUCACGAAGAGUAUGAAAAAGACGGCGAAAUUAAGUUUUCGGAAGAUUUGCUGGAAAAGAGCAUCGAAUCGACGCCAUUGGGCCGAAAGUCUGCAUUUCUGACACAUCCACUGUUCAACACAUACCACAGCGAAACAAAACUCGUGAGAUAUAUGAAGAGGUUGGAGAACAAAGACAUCUCAUUAGUCCACUCAAUGAUACCGUUGGGCUCGUGUACAAUGAAACUGAACGCCACAACAGAAAUGAUACCGUCUUCGUGGCCACAGUUCGCGAGCCUUCAUCCAUACCAACCGACAUCACAGACCAAAGGCUAUCAGUUGAUGAUCAACGAGUUGGAGCACGACUUGUGUCAACUGACCGGUUAUGAUAACGUCUCGUUUCAGCCCAACUCCGGAGCGCAGGGCGAAUACGCCGGACUCCGGGUCAUCAAAUCCUACCUCGAGUCUAAAAAUGAGGGGCACCGGGAUAUAUGUCUGAUCCCAGUGUCAGCUCACGGCACAAACCCAGCCAGCGCUCAUAUGGCGGGCAUGAAAGUGGAGGCCAUACUCGUCAAAAAAGACGGCAGUAUUGAUAUCGAUUAUCUCAAAGAUAAGUUGGCCAAAUUUUCCGAUCGGAUCGCUUGCCUAAUGGUUACCUAUCCGUCCACUUUCGGUGUCUUCGAGGACUCGAUCGGACAAAUCUGUGAUCUCGUCCACUCGUGCGGCUCAGCGCAGGUGUAUUUAGACGGCGCUAAUAUGAACGCACAGGUAGGCCUGUGUAGGCCCGGCGAUUACGGCAGUGAUGUCUCUCAUCUCAAUCUUCACAAAACAUUUUGUAUACCUCACGGCGGAGGCGGCCCUGGAAUGGGACCCAUCGCUGUUAAGAAACACUUAACACCUUUUCUGCCGACACAUCCGGUGGUUGUGGACGAGAUGACUGACACACCGCUCAGCUUCGGCACAGUGUCGGCCGCGCCCUGGGGUUCAGCAGCUAUACUGCCAAUCAGUUGGGCAUACAUUAAGCUAAUGGGUGGACAGGGAUUACGACAUGCGUCUGAAGUGGCGAUACUUAACGCUAAUUAUAUGUCUGUGAAACUGAAAGACGGGUAUAAAGUGCUGUACAAAGGAGUGAACGGAACGGUUGCCCACGAGUUCAUACUCGAUGUCAGGGACUUCAAGAAGACGGCGGGAGUGGAGGCCAUGGAUAUCGCCAAACGACUGCAGGACUACGGCUUUCACGCGCCGACCGUCUCCUUCCCGGUCGCCAACACUCUGAUGAUUGAACCGACGGAGUCUGAAGACAAGCAAGAGAUGGACCGCUUCUGCGACGCUAUGCUUCGGAUCAGACACGAGAUCAGAGACAUCGAGACCGGAACUAUGGAUAGAAAGAUCAAUCCAUUGAAAUGCGCACCGCAUACACAACGAGUGAUUUGUUCAUCUGAUUGGAACCGUCCCUACACUCGAGAAGUGGCCGCCUUUCCCGCCGUAACUAUAAUUGACUGCAAUAGUUAUAUACAGCCGGAGACGAAGAUAUGGCCAACUGUUGGUCGCAUUGACGAUAUCUAUGGCGAUACUCAUCUCUUCUGCACCUGUCCUCCAGUCGAGGAUCAGUUAUACUAAUUAUUAGUCUAAUUGUAAAAUAAGAUAUUUUUAAUUUAAUUAGAAAUUAAACUAAAUAAAGGUUUUUAAAUCUCAAAACAUUGAAA